AUGAUUACCCAAAUUGUUGAGGAAAACAAGGAAAUCAAAACUCAUAUGUCCAAAUUAACUAAUGCCUUAACUGUAGUUGAGCGGGGAAAAUUUCCAGCACAAGCUCAACCAAACCCUAGGGGACAACAUAUGGCACAAAUCUCGGGCUCAAGAGAAAACAUCCUUAAGGAAGUUAAUGCCAUAACCACUCGGUCCGGUAAGGUUAUUGAACCAACCUCCAAACUUAGGGAAGAUGAAAAGGACCCUAUCAAUUCAGAAGAGAGUACCCCUAGCGAGGAGGUAUUGAAAAAUCCACCGCGAGUACCCUUUCCUCAAGCUCUUAAAUCCACCUCGAAAUCUAUUGGUCAACAUAGUGAAAUCUUAGAGCACCUUAAACAAGUAAAGAUCAAUUUACCUCUUUUACAUGUGAUCUCCCAGGUUCCUACGUAUGCUAAAGUCCUAAAAGACUUAUACAAUGUGAAGAGGAAACAUCAUGUCAAGAAAACCGCUUUCUUGAUUGAGCAUGUAAGCGCUGUAAUUGAGCAAAGGAUCCCUCCAAAGUAUAAGGACCCUGGUUGUCCUACCGUUUCUUUUGUUAUUGGGAAUCAUGAGAUUUCACAAGCCCUUAUUGACCUAGGGCCUAGUGUUAACAUCAUGCCUUACUCUAUUUACUUGUCAUUAGGCCUAGGAGAAAUAAAACCUACAUCUGUAAGUUUACAAUUGGCUGAUCGAUCCACAAUACGAAUAAGGGGUGUAGUCGAGGAUGUGCUAGUACAAAUUGAUAAAUUUUGUUACCUCGUUGAUUUCUUGGUUUUGGAUUUAAAUGAAGAUGUGAAUGUUAACUCCAAGAUUCCCAUUAUUCUAGGUAGACCUUUUCUUCCCACAGCUAAUGCUCUUAUCAAUUGUAGGAAUGGUCUAAUGAAACUAUCAUUUGGGAACAUGACCCUGAACGUCAACAUCUUUCACAUCAUGAAGCAACCUGAGAAAGAUGAUGAGUGUCAUCAACUAUACAUGAUUGACGUACUCAUUGAGAAGGAAGUACAUGCGCUUAUUGACCCCGACCCUUCAAAUUCUUUCCUUUUAAAUUCUGAAAUUCCUGCAGGGUAUGAUAAUGGGGAAUAUACUGACAUUUGUGCUGCUUUUGAUGAUUUUCAGGAUUAUGGGACACCACCAGUGACUACUUCCAAUGAGUUUGGUGAAAUGCAACGAAGGUUGACAACGCCCUGGCUGAAUGCGGGCUAA